CGUCCGAGGUGUCAGUCUGCGGCGCAUGCGUGCGGGGCGGGCCGGGCCAGGCCUAUAUAUUGAGUUGGCGCCGGCGCCAGCUGAGCCGAGCUGUAGAGGGUCUGGCGGUGAGGAGAGGUUUCAUAGGCCUCAAAGAAGAGAAUGUCGAGACGCAGUAGCCGUUUACAAGCUAAGCAGCAGCAUGCCCAGCCCAGCCACCCAGACUCUCCACUAGAAGAAGCCCAGAUAAUUCAGGCCAAGAAGAGAAAAACGGCACAGGAUGUCAAAAAAAGACAAGAGGAGAUCACCAAGAAGCAUCAGUAUGAGAUCAGGAAUUGUUGGCCACCUGUCCUGUCUGGAGGAAUCAGUCCUUGCAUUAUCAUCGAAACACCCCAUAAAGAAAUAGAAACAAGUGACUUCUCUAGGUUUACAAAUUACAGAUUUAAAAAUCUUUUCAUUAAUCCUUCGCCUCUGCCAGACUUAAGCUGGGGAUGUUCACAGGAGGUUUGGCAAAACAUGCUACAGAAGGAGAACAGAUACGUACAUGACAAACAUUUUGAAGUUCUUCAUUCUGACCUGGAACCACAGAUGAGGUCAAUACUUUUAGACUGGCUUUUGGAGGUAUGUGAAGUAUACACACUUCAUAGGGAGACAUUUUACCUUGCCCAAGACUUUUUUGACAGAUAUAUGUUGACACAAAAAGAUAUAAAUAAAAAUAUGCUUCAACUCAUUGGGAUUACUGCAUUAUUCAUUGCUUCUAAACUUGAGGAAAUCUACGCUCCAAAACUCCAAGAGUUUGCUUAUGUCACUGAUGGUGCUUGCAGUGAAGUAGAUAUCUUAAAGAUGGAACUCAAUAUAUUAAAGGCAUUAAAAUGGGAACUUUGUCCUGUAACAGUCAUUUCCUGGUUGAAUGUUUUUCUCCAAGUUGAUGCUGUUAAAGAUGUUCCUAAGGUUCUUCUACCUCAAUAUUCUCAGGAGACGUUCAUCCAGAUAGCACAGCUUUUAGAUCUGUGCAUCUUAGCCGUUGACUCAUUAGAAUUCCAAUACAGAAUUCUGGCAGCUGCAGCCUUAUGCCAUUUUACCUCCAUUGAAGUGGUUAAGAAAGCCUCAGGUUUGGAAUGGGAUGACAUUUCAGAAUGUGUAGACUGGAUGGUGCCUUUUGUCAGUGUAGUAAAAAGUGUAAGUCCAGUGAAGCUGAAGACUUUUAAGAAGAUACCCAUGGAAGACAGACACAAUAUCCAGACACACACAAAUUAUUUGGCUUUGCUGAAUGAAGUAAACUAUGUGAACACCUUCAGAAAAGGAGGGCAGCUGUCACCCGUGUGUAAUGGCGGCAUUAUGACACCCCCAAAGAGUACUGAAAAACCACCAGUAAAGCACUGAAGUUAACAACACAUUGGAAUUGAGCAGAUGCUGGAUAGAGUUUAUACACAUGAGUAAGUUUUACAUAAAGUAGUGCUAUGGCUGUCCUUGCCCGCUGAGGAGUUACACUGCCAUUCUUUUCUUUAAAAACUACAUCAAUUUGGCACUAAAUGCCUAGGAUGCAUGAAGCCCUGGGUUCAAUCCCCAGCACUACAAAAGAACAAAACAAAAAAACUUCAAAAAAAGAUUGGCACUAAAGAAAUUUCCUCUAGCUGUUUAAAAGAAAAGAGGACUUGUUUACAGAGGUGGCUUCAUUCCCAAGGACAGUGGAUAGAAGCCAGCAACAAUUCAUGCUGUAGCAGUUGUUUCUGUGUUUCUUUAAGUUCCUGUGUUACUGUGUUUCUCUUGAUAAACUAGGAAUUUUAUCAUUGGAAUAUGGACUAAACUAGUGCUACUUAAAAGAUGUAUUAGCUGACACAGAACUUUGAAUCUACAUUUUUAGAUUCUUAAAUUCCUAUACUCUUGAAUGGUGCAAUUUGUCUUUUGAAAAUGAAAUUUAAACUUAUUUACAAAGAUUGUUUUGUAAUAAAGUGACUAAUUUAUCUGAAGUUGUUUUGUAACAAUGAUAAAACUUGAAUUUUUACAAAUGGUGUGAAGUUCAAUCUGUUUUUAACUAGUCUGUUUGCCUUGCCAUCGUAUUUCUCAAUCAGUAAGGCAUUGAACCAAAUGUUUAAACUGUGCUCUAAACGAUGGGAGAACCAAAGAAAUUAUAAACAAGAUAAAUGCUUUGGCUUCUACAGGGGUUUUACUUCAUCUAAGGGUUGCUUUAUAGUCUUUUCAUAUCACAAUCUGGGUAAAACUUUAAUGCCUUUUCAAACUAUAUAAGAAAGUCACUUUAUUACACUAAUCUACCCCUAAGUAUUUUUGAAAUGUAGUGUGACUAAGGCUUUAUGUUUGCAAAACUGGCAGUCCAUUUUUAAGUCCCAUAUUAUGAGGACUGUGUCGACAUGGAAAGACUUAGCAUGUGACCUAAACUUCUAUUUUCUAUGGCAGAAAAAAUAUUAAAUGUAUACUGACUCCUAGAAAUCUAUUUAUUUAAACUUAUUGUAUAUAGAAUAGCUACUUAUGCAUUAAAUAUUUUAAGUUAGCCUUUGAAAAGGAAAUUUGGUCCUAAAAAAGUCAAUUUCAUUAGAAAAAAAGUGAUACCAGAUUGCCAGGUUACCAGACAUGUGAACCCUUUCUCUCUUUGAAGAAAUUGUAAACU